AUGGGCAAACCUAAGGUUUUGUUACUUGGUAAGAUUGACCACGCCACCGCUUCCUGGAAUGCCCUUUGCGAUGUUGCCGAACUGGUUACUGCUCAAGCCAAGAAUCGAGCUGAGUUUAUUGAGGAAUGCACAUCUGGCAGACUCGACGGCGUCGUCGUAAUUUGUGACCGGGCACCAUCUAGCCUUGCCGUCACAGGAAAAUAUGACGAAGAACUCAUCCAAGCGCUGCCCAAGAGCCUAAAGUUUAUAUGUCACAACGGCGCUGGUUAUGACAAUAUAAAUGUUUCUGCAUGUACAGCCCGCUCAAUUCUUGUUUCAAAUUGCCCCAACGUGGUCGACGAUGCUACAGCCGACACUGCCAUCUUUCUGAUCCUUGCCGCUCUCCGAGGCUACAAUAACGGCAUUAUGGCGAUACGGAAUGGUACGUGGAAGGGAGCCGUACCGCCACCUCCUCUCGGUCAUGACCCGCAAGGCAAAGUCCUUGGUAUCCUAGGAAUGGGAGGUAUUGGCCGCAAUCUGAAGAAGAAAGCUGAAGUUUUCGGCAUGAGCGUUAUAUACCACAACAGGAAGCAGCUGGACGUGGAGCAGGCCGACGGUGCAGAAUACGUGAGCUUUGACGAUCUGCUAGCAAGAAGCGAUGUGCUGAGCCUGAAUCUGCCGCUCAACUCAGGAACUCGGAAUAUUAUUUCUACUCCAGAGUUCGAUAAGAUGAAGAAUGGUGUUGUCAUUGUCAACACUGCCAGGGGAGGUGUCAUGGAUGAAGCUGCUCUUGUUGAUGCCCUCAAUACCGGUAAGGUCUUGUCCGUGGGAUUAGAUGUUUAUCAGCAGGAGCCGAACAUACAUCCUGGCCUGGUGUCCAAUCCACAUGUAUGUCUACUACCCCAUAUGGGGACGUCGACAGUCGAGACAAAAACCAAGAUGGAAGAGUGGACCAUUAGCAAUGUACGAUCGGCUUUGGAAACGGGUGUCAUAAUCUAA